AUGGGGCUCCAUAAACUAAAGGACUCACGACUGCAUUACUGGCGUUUUGCGGAUAAGAGUUUCGGAUAUUUACCUAAGGAUUGGGAGGGAAUGGGGGCGUGGCAGCGAUUGAGCCUCCGGAAACACAUUUGGAAUUGGUAUGAAGUAGCUCGGUUGUCGAACCCGAAUCAAGAAGGAGAGUGUGCAGCAUAUGACUUCACGAGCGGUAAUAAUGCCAUCAACGUGCAAUACACUUCAGUCAAAAGCAACUUCCUGGAAGAGGCUACCGGCACAGUAACACAAGAAGGCAACACUGCUAAACUAAAAAUAACGAUCUCGACUUUUGAAGAGCUUCACAUAUGGGUACUUGGACGAAAUCCCACUGUAAACGACAUGAUGAUCGCCAGAAUAUCGGCACAACUUACAAAUUUAUUCGGUAUCAAUUAUUCGGCACUGACAAAUGUUGACCACAGUGCAGCUGCCUGCUACGUCCUACCAAUCAUUGAACCUGGUAAUCCUAUCGUAUUACCUGGACAAUGUGACCAGAAUCUACAAGUGCUUCAAAACUUUGACGCUGCGAAGUUCUCAGGGUUGUGGCAUCAAAUAUCAAGCUACGAAACUUCCAAUUCGGGUGGAACUUGUGUGAGAGCUGAGUACACAGUCGGCAAAGAAGGGGUUAAUAUCCUCAACAGUCAAGUUAUUAACCAGAGGCUAAUGACGAUCGAAGGAUCGGCGACUGUCAUUAGUGAUGAUAAUAGUGCCAAGUUACGCGUGGUGUUAAACACUCCUGAAGGUCUUUUCAGUUGGAUUAUCGGCAGAUCACGUCAACUAUCACAGGAGGUUCAAACGAAAGUCGAUCAAGUAGUCAAUUCGUAUACAGAAUUGAAUUACCAGUAUUUCAAAAUGACGGAUCAGUCUUUUGAUGGAUGCUUCUUCUAUCCAGAAGUGAGCUCAGAGCCCGUUGUUUAUAGAGGUCAAUGUGAAUCAGUCAAUGUCCAAGCUAUGAACACUUUUGAUGCUGAAGAAUAUAUGGGUAGAUGGCACAAUAUUCUAUCGUAUCCAACAAGAUUCCAAGAUGGCACAUGCGUCAAUGCCUAUUACUCAUUAACAAAUAACGGAGUUAAUGUGUUGAAUUCGCAAGUGAACAACCAAAGGCUUGAAACUAUUAGUGGAAUGGCAGUUCCAUCAUCUGAUGAUGGGUCAGCUAAACUUGUAGUCUCAUUUCCUGUAGCAGGGUCUGAUCAAACCACAUCUACGGAUUAUUGGGUCCUAGACACGGAUUACAAGAACUUUGCUUUGGUAUAUUCCUGUCAAAAUAUCAAUGAUGAUGAAAUGCAAGUAAGCAGUUGGAUACUGAGUAGAAAGAAAUGGCUGGAAGAAGAAUACGAAGAACGUAUUAACGAGAAAAUUAAUUCUGUAAUAGUACUAGACAAGAUGUAUUAUAAGACAGAGGAUCAAUCAGAAAAUGGUUGCUUCUACUUCCCUGACCCUGAGCCUGGUGUGCCGGUCGUUUUCCCUGGACAAUGUGACGAAACUGUGAAUGUUGUCCAAUCUUUUGACUUUCAACUGUUCCAAGGCGAAUGGUUUGAAAUAGAAUCAUACCCAAACUCUCUUCAGAGUGGACAGUGUAGAAACCACAAAAUUUCCGUCCUCGACAACUCUCGCCUCAACUUGGAAUUUUCUUCUAUAACGGAUCAAUUUUUGGAAGUAAAUAGUGGAGUUCUAACUCAAAGUGGCACUAAUAAUGGAAAAUUGUCUAUUGCUAUAACAAAUGCUAAUGGAGAAGUAAGGAGUUGGAAGCUCAGCAGAACGAGACAACUAUCUCCAGAAGCGAAUGCAGCUAUCGACACUAUAGUAAACAACAAUAUUGUAUUGUCCAACAACUACUUCGAGGUCAUUGACUAUUCUGACGAUGCUUGCUUCUAUCUACCAGAAAUAGAAGCCGGUGAACCAAUAAUACUUCCUGGAACGUGCGACACUUCAAUAAGAGGAAUAUCUAAUUUUAAAAUUGAAGAGUUUACUGGUCGUUGGCGUCUUAUUGAAAGCUAUGGUACAGAAUUCCAAGGUGGUACAUGUAAUGUAGCACAUUACACACUUCAAGCUGACAACAUUAUCAACGUUUUAAACACACAAGUUGUAAAUGAGAAUUUGGAAAGUAUUAGUGGAACUGCUUCUAUUGCUAGCACGGAUGGAACCGGCCAAUUACUAUUUUCAUUCCCAAACAGAGACUUCAAUUUGUACAUACUUGACACAGAUUAUAAAUCGUAUGCCCUCGGUUACGGUUGGAAAUUGAGCCGCGAGAACGCAUUGAGCCCAGAAGCAGUCACGAAAAUCAAUGAAGUUAUUGAUAAUAUUCAGGUUUUAAACAACCGUUAUUAUUACGUAGUUGACCGCAGUGCUGCAAGCUGUUUCUACUACCCUAUUCCAAACCAAAGUUCUAGUGUCAAAUUUAGAGGCCAAUGCGAUCAAAAUAUCCGAGUUCAUCAAAAUUUCCAGCUUGAAAAGUACCUGGGCGAAUGGUAUGACAUCCAGUCCUACCCAGGAGAUUUUCAAGACGGUACAUGUAACACUGCAUAUUACUCCCCGGCAGAAAAUGGCGUGCAUGUAUAUAAUACACAAGUCAUUGAUCAAACUCUGCUCUCCAUAAGUGGUAAUGCGGUAUUAGAACCAAGUACUGAUGGAAGCGCAAAACUUAAAGUGACCUUCAACGUCGCUGGCACUGAUGUCACUACUGACUAUUGGAUAUUGGACACCAAUUAUGAAUCAUACUCACUAGUGUACAGUUGUCGACCUAUAGACGACGAAUAUGUUCAAGUCACAAGUUGGAAACUGAGCAGGAAUAAAGUUUUAUCCCCUGAAGAUGAAACUGCUAUAAGCAACGCCAUGGCCGACAUAAAAGUUUUGGACCAGAGAUAUUUUGUUUCACGUGACCAAAGUCCUGAAGGCUGUUUCUACUUCCCUGACCCUCAACCCGGAGUACCAGUGGUGUUCCCUGGACAGUGCGACGACAAUAUUGCAGCAGUAUCGAGCUUCGACAUUAACAACGGACGUGGCAUGAGAUCACAGCGUAUCCCAAGGACAACCAGCCGGGGCAAUGCAUCAGCCAACAGUUCACUGUUACCGGAACCAACACCAUGCGUCUCGAGUCAUUCAGUGUACUCGGACAAGUCCAAUCGACCACAGAAGGUGUCGCCACAGUCGCUUCCACUGAUGGCACUGGAAGAUUGA